UGCCAUCAGACCCACCUCAGGGAGGCCCUAGAGAUGCAAAGGAGAUGACAGACACAGGCCAGUCUAGUGCAGAAGGAUCCUCCCCAAAUGGCUGCUCAUCUGCCCGGGGACUCCAAACACACAUGACUCACACCAUUUGGGCUCAGACAAGUGCCUCCCCAGGAAGCCCCGGGAUCCUGGCAUUACUAGGGACACACUGAGCCCCUGAUGUCCCUAACCCUUUGCCAGCACCUCUGGUCCCGCAGAAGUAGCCAACAUGCCUAACUCCAAGUGCCUGCAAAAGUCGGAGCCCCUGUGGAAGGAGUGGGACCAGAAGGCCCAAAAGAAUGGACUGAGGCACCAGGUGAAUGCUGUCAAUGGUGACUGCUAUGUGGGCCAAUGGAAGGACAACAUGAAACAUGGAAAAGGAACACAGAUCUGGAAGAAAAAAGGAGCCAUCUAUGAGGGAGACUGGAAGUUUGGGAAGCGAGAUGGCUAUGGCACCCUCAGCAAUCCUGACCAAGAGAAGGGAAAGUAUAGGAAAGUAUACUCUGGCUGGUGGAAAGAUGAUAAAAAAUCGGGCUAUGGGAUUCAGUUUUUCGGACCCAAGGAGUAUUACGAGGGUGAGUGGUGUGGCGACCAGCGCAGCGGGUGGGGCCGCAUGUACUACAGUAACGGCGACAUCUACGAGGGCCAGUGGUUGAAGGACAAGCCGAAUGGGGAGGGCAUGUUGCGCCUGAAGAACGGGAACCGCUACGAGGGCUACUGGCAGAGAGGCAUGAAGAAUGGGUCGGGCCGUUUCUUCCACCUGGACCACGGUCAGCUGUUUGAAGGCUUCUGGGUGGACGACGUGGCCAAGUGUGGCACAAUGAUUGACUUUGGCCGCGAUGAGGCCCCUGAGCCCACCCAGUUCCCCAUUCCUAAGAUCGAAAUUCUAGACCCUAAUGGUGUGCUGGAGGAAGCCUUGGCCAUGUUCAAGAAGACAGAGGAAGAUGAAGAUUGAUGCCAGGAUCCAGGACCAGAAAUCACAGCUGUUGGAAUGGACCUGACCUGGGGACACCAGAACUGGCCAGCUUCCCAGAGGUCUUGAGCUGGGGAGAGGCUGGCAGCAAAGCCUGAAACGCUGGGCACUUUGAGGAAGAGGAAAAGCCCUGCUCCCAAGCUCUGGAAGAAACCCCAUUACCCUCACCAGCCCCUACAAUUCCUGGGGCUUUGACCAUGCAGGCUGGCUGUAUGUACUGUUCCCACACUAGGGGCAGAGUUCAGUGCCAUGGGGCUGCAGAAAGAAUAAUGUGGACUGAGAAGGAACGGAUGGCACGCGUCUUGGAUCCUGAUGAAAACCAUUCACAGGAAUACAAGCCACUGUUUUUUCCAGAACACUUCCCGCUUGGGAAAUCUCCCCACAGAUAGCAAGAGUAAAGUCAAGGGGGCCUCGCGGAAUCUGGCAGGCGACUCCCAGGGCCCCAGCUCAGUCCCAGAGAGAUCAGAUCAGAUCAGAUUGCAAGCAACUUCACAAGGUAAAUAUAGCCAGAGUGCUGGGCCUGUUAACCCAAAAUAAACAGCUCUCAGCCAGCCAAGGGCCUGCUUGAACCUGGCCACAUGGGGCCUAAAGGGAUAGGAAGGACAAGAGACUGCCAGCCCCACCUCACACUGGUCCGUGGAUCCCGCAUGGUGAACACUGGGAUGCCAAUUUUCAAGUAUGAGACAAGAUGACCAUAGGACUCUACAAAGGGUGGGGCCUGGCUGGCUUUGCCAGGCAUGUGCCCGCUACGCCUGAAUGCCAACCAUCAUUCCUCGCCCCUGCUGGGCUCCAUGGAGACCCCUGCCACCUGGUGACUCGAAGUCCAGGCCCUUCUGAGACAGUCCUCCCAUGCCUGGCCCGACCCCAGCACCCGCAGUUGGGAGAGCCAACUGUCCUUUUCUAAGCCGAAGCUUCACUGUUCACUCCUUAAGGAGGGUGGGUGGCUGGGCCUGGAACAGGAGGGCCACCAAGCAUAGCCACCCAGGUCAUCCAGAGUUGUCUGAGCCUGCCGCACUACCUCAAAUGCAAACCAUUUAUUAAGAAAGAAUUGAGGCCUUGUCUAGUGGUUUAUAAACUCUUUUGACCACUUCA